CUGCUGGUUUCUCCCCGCGAGAGAGUUAACCGAUUAGCCGCGCUGCUCCAUAUUUAGCGUGGUGCUAACCUAGUCACGAGCUGCGAAUGUGGUAGCAGAAGGCGCCAUUUCAUUCGAGGAACCGACACACACUCUCACACACGCUACAGCUGCGGAAGUGACAGAUCAGCUCCACCAUGGUGAAAAUAUUCAUUGGGAACUUGUCGUCAGAGACGACGUCGGAGGAACUCCGCUCUCUCUUCUCUCAGUACGGCAAGAUUGCAGAAUGUACUGUGGUCAAGAACUUUGGCUUUGUGCACAUGGAUAGCAAAGCGGAGGCGGAGGAGGCCAUACGCAACCUCCACCACUACGAGCUCAACGGCCAGCCCAUGAAUGUGGAAUUGAGCCGUGGCAAGAUGAAAGGAUCCACCAAACUGCACGUCGGCAACAUUGCCUGCACCAACCAAGAGCUGAGGGCUAAGUUUGAAGAGUAUGGUUCUGUGUUGGAGUGUGACAUAGUAAAAAACUAUGCUUUUGUUCACAUGGAGAGAAUGGAGGAUGCCAUGGAGGUCAUUAAUCAUUUAGACAACACCGCGUUUAAAGGCAAACUGAUGAGCGUGAAGCUUUCGACUAGCCGCCUGCGUACUGCGCCGGGAAUGGGAGACAGAUCGGGUUGUUAUCGUUGCGGGCAGGAAGGCCACUGGUCCAAAGAGUGCCCUCUUGACCAAAAUGGCCACCACAGAAACGGCUCAGAGUCUGAUGGAUACGAUGCCCCGAGAUUUGGCGGGCGUGGUCGCAACAGGGGUUAUAAUCCAGACUUCACUGGCGAUCCAGAUUAUGGUGACGGCUAUGCUCCUGUACCUGUUUAUUCCGGUGGUUCUGGUCACGGCAGCAUGCCAGGGUACAGACGGGGCGCAGGGUACGAGAGUGCAAUGAGAUACGGGCCGCCCCCAGGUUAUGGAAUAAACCCUGUUGCUGAUCAUAGCAUGGCUCGGAUGUACGGCAGCGAGGCGGGAUACCGGAGCACCGGCUCAUACUAUGGCGCGGUACCACCCUACCCGACGCGGCGGUCGCCUUACGAGGAACGGGAUCCGUACGGGGUCGUGGACUACUACGAGAAGUACAGGGCCAAUUCAUACGGAGGCAGUUAUUUCGAGGAACGGCGCGCUGUCCCCUUGUCUGCUCCAUCAACCGCCGCCACGCCUAUCAUGAGGGAGCGUCUUCCUCCCUCUAGCCAUAACCCAUACCAGUGCCCUCCCCCUCCUCCUCCACCAGCUUCAGUCACCUCAUACUAUGCACGUGACCGGAGUCCGGUUCGGAGAGCACCUGCCGAGGCGGAAGGAUAUUCAUAUGAUCGUACGCGCAUGCCCACGGUGACGCCCAUUCCAAGGAGCUCUACCUACGACCAUUCGCGGGACGCCGGUGCGGAGCGGCCACGAUAUGCAUACUAACCCGUGUCCUACAACGUCACAUGAGGGGUGGUUGAUAUUUAGCAGACAGGCUAGUCUAAGUAGAAUAGGAAUAACUAAAAAUUAAGCAUAACAAAUUCUCAUUGGUAAUGUUAAUACGAGACGUGAAGGUAGCAAGAUAAUGGUGGAAGUAAAUAGAUUUCAAAUCCUCCCAUGACGAGAUUUCAGUAGUAAUGGUUAAAUACAGUCACAUCAUGCUGUCAUCUCAUUCCAGUUUAUACUACGAAAAGCAGUAAUCAAACUUAAAUGUCCAGUCCAGUGCUGUUCAUCCUAUUUACAUGUUGUGGUAUUGGUGCAGUGCUUAAUGGUUUAGUGUAGUGUGCAGAUUUCGUUUGGUAUCCGUUUGUGAUAUUGUAAACCCAAACAAAAGAAAAUGGCCUCUGAAAGUAAGUCAUUACACUAUGUAGGCUCAUUUUAUAGAAAAAAACAUUGACUCAUGCAUGUUUUUAAAAGGUGAGUCUUGGGGUUUCAUCAAUUCUAUUUUUCUAAGUUCUUUUCAGCAGCUGCUCAUCUCUUUACUGUCCGUCUGUGUUGUAAGUUUACAUUGUUGGUUCCUUUUUGAAGCACAUGGAAAAAGAUAAUCCCAUUUCUGUUCACUUCACUAACCUGUGGACUUAAAUGUAUGACAGACCUGCACAGGAAGAAAAUGAACAUUUGCAUUCACAUUUGCAUCAAUGCAUUUGUUACAUACAAACUUGUUUAUGAAGCUGUGAUUAACUCGCCUGUGAUCUAUUUUUUUUUUUUUUUUUUUAUUUUUACAGUCACAUUGCUUGUAUUUUUUUUAUUUCCUCUUGUGUUGAAAGUUGGGUUUCAAAUUUUAAACUUGUCGUUUCAUAAGAUGAUCUUAGUUGCCUGUGCUGUCUGUCUUGAUUUCUACAUAUUGGGUUACAAUUAAAAUCUGUCUAAAGACUGUGA